UCAGUUAAUAUUUUGACGUCGCGCGAGUCGGUUGAGAGAGUUAAUCGUUUGUGUUGAUAUUUUAUUGCAAUGAUGAUAUCCCCGAAGGACACGGUUAUUAAAUUGAUUCGAUGGGAAAAUAACGUGAAUCAUGAUUGACAACUUUCGAAGCUACCAUCAGUGAAAGGAACAAAAUGUCGCAUGAUGCAAUUCGUAUUGGAAUAUACGAUUCACGGCCCCUUCGUUUGAGGUUAUGUUGUUGCGAGUGACGUCACUGUUGAGAAGAAUCAUACGAUACUCGGUUCUGUGCGCUGAUUGGUGGAGAAAGCGGCUGUGGUGAUCUGAUGGUGUUUUUCUGUGCUCCGCGCCCACCGCAGCUCUCGGCGCUUUCGUAAGCUCUAUUGAUAGUUGUUAAAAUAUUGAAAUUCUUAUUUUUACUUGCGAAAGAGAAACAUUUUGAAGGUUUUGUGAAACGUUUGUGAGGCGUUGUGACCGAAGAACAUUGUUAUUGAUAAGAGUGUUAAUCCUCGGCGGCAACGAUGGACAGAGGUGGUGGAGGCUGGGAUAGUUUCCAGCCCGGUGACUCGAUGGGAAUGGACAUCUCUGACAGUGUCCUCAAGGGAGAAGACUUGGACAUUAAUGACAUCGCCGACAUGUACCAACUGAACGAAGAGAAGUUGAUGAACUUGAUGGGUGAAGAUUUUCUCAGCCAGUUCAGCUGGGAAGAUAAUGUGAUGAUGGAACAAAUGGCUGCUGCCAAUUCAGCUGCAUCACAAUUGCUGAACUCAGGACCAUCUUCCCUGGACAUCAAACAAGAAGAAUCCAAACCCAUCCAUGGCAGUUCUGUACCCUCGAAACAAACACAGCAGCAGCAGCAACAACAUCAACAACAGUUCUACUGCAAUUUAGUAUCAAGUGAUCCAAUGAUCUCGGUGAGCAAUACCAUUCCCACCCAAAAGUCCCAAACGUUGCAGAAACUACAACCGACGCCACCACAACCACCGCAGCAACCGAUUAGUGGUGCUGCUGCUACUAUCAAGCAGGAGCCGAUAAUGGUUCACCAGCCGUCGAUCAGCAGCGCGCCUAGUGCACCGACAGCACCUAUCAUAUUAACGCAGAACCGUACGAACAUUGCGGCCAACGGUUCCACAAUUGUGUUGCAGAAUCCACGCGCUGCCACGGGAUACUCAUAUAUCAAGGCUAUUGCUCCGGCCGUUAGUGCCCCUUCGACAUCAACCGCCAGCAUCCCCCAGACUAUUCUGCCGGCCAACCUCCGUGUGCAGAAUAUUUUGACCACGAAGGCAGCCACCGUAACUCCGGUAGCGACAACAACGGCCACCGCCGUCCCGGUGGUGCAACAGGUUUUUACCUUCCAGAGCGGAGACAAGCAGGUUCUGCUGCAGACCAAUCCCACGACAGUGAUGACCACUACCAACACCCAAAACAUUCACACCCUGUUGAGUACCCCUAACGGUCCCAUAUUGACCACCGGAAUCCCUUUGGUGCUUGAUUCGUCCGAAAACGCAGGCAAACUUCAGAUCAGUCGACUCCAGCAACCCCAGCAUCAGAUCUCCCAGCACUCGCCCCAACCGAAGGUGAAGGAGGUCAAACGCUCUGCCCACAAUGCCAUCGAGCGCCGCUAUCGUACCUCUAUCAACAGUUGCAUCGUUGAGUUGAAGAACAUCGUGGUCGGGGUCGAUGCCAAGCUGAACAAGUCCGCGAUUCUGCGUAAAGCCAUCGAUCACAUCCGUCAUCUGCAGAAGCAAAAUAAUAAUCUCAAGCAGGAGAACAUGUACCUUAAGAUGAAGAUGACCAACCGGAACGAUUCACUCAAGGAUCUGCUGGUGUCAUCGAGCAUGCCGGAUGAGAUGGUAUCCGUUACGGGACCAAUCACACCUCCGCGCAGCGACGAGUCCAAUCCGUCCUCUUCGCCGUCACACAAUUCGGAGAAUUCGAUGCCCCCGUCACCAUUCGGAACGACUUCCUCCGGUGGUGGUAUGGAAGAAUGCCUGAACGAGGAUGAUCUUAUGUCCGGCGUACGAGGAAUGUCCGCUCACUCACGGCUAACCCUGUGUAUGUUUGCGCUUGCCGUUCUGGUUAUCAAUCCGUUCGGGAGUUUCCUCUCGGCGAAGAGCUUCGACGAGGAACUUGAGCCAGGAACCAGUCGGCGAAUCCUCGCCGUCAGUGAACCAUUCUUUUCGUGGAGCAGUUUCUCGUCUUCGAUUCUCAUCUUUUGCACCAACCUUGCGCUGCUCGUUCUCUGUCUCGUGAAAAUGCUCGUCUACGGUGAUCCGAUCCUUCCGUUGCGCUCGAAGGCUUCCAAUGAGUACUGGAAGCGCAAGAAGCAAUCCGACUUGGACUUCCAGCGUGGAAACAUCGCCGCAUCGCUACUGAACUCGAAACGUUGUCUCGCCGCUUUCGGCGUAACCAUUCCGAAGAAUCGCUUCGAAACCGUAACGACCACCUGCUGGCAGUUUGUUCGAAUGUUUCUGCACCGUAUAUUCGUGGGUCGUUGGUUAUCUCGUCGAGCGGGUGGCCUCUUCAAAUCCGAAUCCCAGCGGACGGAUGCAUUGCAAUCAGCCAAGGAGCUAGCCCAGCUCUUCCACCGACUGAAUCAACUCUAUCUGGUAUCGAACCAACCCGAAGCCAAUGGACUAAUGAUGUCACUUUACGCGGUCAACAUGGCGGAAGCUGCCUCAGCUGUGAUCUCUCCGGAGGAUACGAUCGAGAUCUACAUAACUGCGGCGCUGCGCGUUAAGAAGAGCUAUCCGAAAUUCAUGCAGUACUUCUGUCGGUACUAUUUGGCCAAGGCUAAGCAGGUUUUCAGCGAGUGUGAUCAGGCACCGGCCAAAUUUGGCUGGGCGUUCACCUCGUACGGGUUUCGGUUUUUGACAACUCACGCGGUGCAGUUCGAGGAUAAACCCGAUUCGAUGUUUAGCAUGCUGGGGAAUAAGGCGGACCCGUUGAACUAUAUGAUGAGGGAUUACCGCGAGAAUCUGCUUCAAAAAUCGAUCCAGUGUCUGGUGGGUUCCGGCCAAAUUAGUCGCAAGCAUGCAAACGCCGCAUUUGCCCAGCAGUCCUCCCAGGCGGCGGCCACAGCGGAGACGAAUUCCAACGCUAAAGACACAACCAAGGACGACCAAUCGGACAACGGGAAGGCAUCCACUCCGGCAAACUAUCCCUACUCGGGAUGUCAGAUAAGCAACGUGUUGCAUUUCACCCAACUGCUGAAGGAUAUUCUCAGCGUGGAGGAAACCCAGGCGGUAACAUUCGAUCGGUGCGUACUCAGCGGUAACUGCUGCCAGGAUCGGCUGGCCCACUGGUGGUCAAGCGUGCUCAGCAUCGCUGCCCAUUGGUUGCUUGGGGAGGAUGCCGAAGCAGAGCGAAUGUAUUCGCAUAUUGAGAAUCUGCCACCGGAACUUGCGCAGGGGGAGGACACACUCCCGAAGGCACUGUUUGCUGCCUUCCAGGCGAAGCUGGCUUUAUUAAACAAACCACAUUACAGUUCGAUUGGGGUUUUCCAGAGCUGUAACGCAGGCAGCCAAUUUCUAGAGGACAGUUUGACUACGAACAUUUGUAAGCAGCCGAUGCGGUUGAAGACGCUCGCACAACUGCUCGCCUGCGAUUGGCUCCUGGAAGCCCGCACCGCCCUCUGGGAGUCGGACAACGAGAAGUUCCAGAGUAAGUGCGGUGAGUACGUCCCUGUGUCGGGCAUAGUGCUAUCCAAGUUCCAAAAGGAUCUCAACUCGCUACGCAUUGUCACAAACGAAAUUCCGAAUGCUCAGUCGCGUGUAUUUUUGUACGAAGCAGUCUGUCGGUUGAUGGCCGGUGCUGCUCCGGGACCAACCCAGCAGUUGCUGGGCCACAGUCUGCGUCAGCGUUACUCUCGGGCGUCCAUCAUUUGCAGCAGCGGCAAGGAUCGGAAUGCGCAUCUCGUUGGUGGUCGGGAACGGGCGGCUGCACUGUACGUGGCAUGUAAGCACCUUCCGGCACCGUGUCUGUCCUCACCGGGUGAGCGAGCCAGCAUGCUGCAAGAAGCCGCCAAGACGCUGGAAAAGAUUGGGGACAAGAAACGGCUCCAGGAGUGCUACCAGCUGAUGCGAUCGCUGGGCAGCGGAACUGUGACGAAUUGAUGCACGCUUUUUAGCUUUGUAAGCCUAUUUAUUGAUGAUUCACUCUAAAGUUGAAUUUAUGAUUUUUUUGUAUAAGAUUAUUCACAAAUGAAUAUUGAAACAGCAAGGCAUUCUCACGGAAAUUAUUUGUAUAUAUGUUAUGGUUACUCUAUCCUGUAGAACACCGCUUUGAUAGUUUAAGUUUUAAGCACUACACGAUUGAUGUGUAUUGAAUUCACAAAUAAAAAAUACACCUUA